CGCCCCGCUGCGCCCCGUCAACAGUGUGCUAUAUAGCAAGCGGAUUGGUGUGCACGCGCAGACGUGUUCAUUUUACGAUAUUUGCAUUUUUUGGUACUUUCGUGUUCCUUUGGUGUUCAGAAAAAUGAAUGAAGAACUUUUGAUUAAUUUAGUUCAAGGAUACAAAGAACUUUAUGAUUUGCAAGAUCCUCGUUACAAUGAUCAACAAAGAAGAGAUAAUAUUUGGAAGGAAAUAGGGGACAUAAUGAAAGAAUCUGCUACAACUUGCAGAGAAAGAUGGAGACGAAUAAGAGACAAUUAUAGACGCGCUAAAAAGUUAAGGAAAACAAAAAGUGGACAAGCUGCCACUAAUAUUAAGAAACCAAAAUAUGAAGAUUUAUUGUCAUUCCUUAACCCCUAUAUUAGCAACGAGGAUGAAACUUUUUCAAAUUUUCCACCGAAUAAUGUUACCCAAGACUCAAGUAAUGAGGAUAAUAGUCUUUUAGAUGAUAUUCAUAGCCGUGAUAGCCCUGGUUCAAGUACUGCUGGUACUUCUCAAAGCACUAUAGGAAAUCGUCCUGGUUCUUUAGAAGACAGUUCACCUCGUCCUUAUAAAAGAAAUUGUAGAACUUUAGAUACUCCACCACAGCUCUCACCGACACACUCGUUAUUGCAAGAGUAUUUAGAAAAAAAAUACAGUGCCAAUAAAAAUGAAUCACACAAAAUAGUUGACUUUUUCAAGAACUUGGGGGAAACUGUUUCAAAUUUUCCGGAAGAUGUACAAAUUCGUGUAAAACGUGAAGUUUUUAAAAUAGUUACCGAUGCAGAGGAGUUGGUUUUCAGGGACAAGUCUAAACCACAAUAUGUAUUAGAAUUAUCUCAAGAGAGCGUGUCGCCCAUAAUCGUUGUAAAUCCAAAUGAUGUUGAUGCGCAACCUCCAAACCAAAUAAUAAAACCCACUUCAACAAACGUGAAUCCAAAUAAUAUUGACACACAGGAAGAGAUUGAUCUUGAUGAUAACGCAUUAAAUGCUUUUUUCAAUUCUAUUAAACAAAAACAAAAUAACCAAUGAAUGGUAUUUUGAAUGAUGGGAUAAUAAGAAGCCAAACACAAAGAGAAAUGGAAGAUGUUGAUUAAUAAUAGUUUUACUAGAGUUUAAGAUUUUUGUACUGUGAUUAUUUUUGUUCUGUGAUUUUGGGAUAAUAAAGAAACCAAACACAAAAAGAAAUGGAAGAUGUCGAUUAAUAAUAGUUUUACUAGAGUUUAAGAUUUUUGUA